AUGGCCAUGCUUGCCUCAAAGUCCCCGUAUCCCGCGCCCGCCGUCAGCGGCGCCGCCUCUCAGUCCUCGGCCCAGUACAACGCCGCCCUCUCCAACUACCGCUCACAUGCAUCCAACACACGCGCCGAUCAGACCAUGUUUGCCUCGCCUACCGAGUCGGAGUUUUCAGAAAUCUACGACGCUCCCGACGCCAUCAGGCAUUGGGACGAAGACAAGGUUGGCGAAUGGCUAAAGCGUAUCAACUGCGCCCACUAUGUCGAGCUGUUUAAGCUCAACCACAUCAAUGGCGAGAACCUGAUGGAAAUGGACCAGACACACCUCAAAGACAUGGGCAUCAAGAAAGUCGGCGACCGCGUCCGCAUCGGCUCUCAGGCAAAGCAGCUGCGCAACCGCGAGUACAAGAAGGCGUCUCGACGCACCUCAAACAGGCAGUCGCUGGCCACGCUCGACAACGCCGCAUACACGCCUCCAUCCUCAGGCUCGCCUCGCCCCCUCCACUCGGCACGAUCAAACCCGCCCGUGUCGAAUCCCGUCAGCUCGCGAUCCGAGAAGCGCAUGUCACGACAAAUCACAAACUCGGAGCUCAGCAGCUACGCAUACGGCACCAAGCCCCCGUCCCGCCCCAGCUCGCCCCUGGUUGACCAGGAGACGCGGAACCUGCGAUCACAACGCCAGGGAGGCUUGAACAGCCCCAAGGACGUCGGCAACAAGACGUAUGGCGCUCACCCUCUGAGUGCUUCCAGCAGCUCGGCCAACAUGACCUCAUCAUCCCUUGCACGCAACCAACGCACCACGCCCACCGAGACGCCUCAAACAGCCCGCUUCGCCCACCAUGUCCGAGCCAGUCCCAGUGUGGACAGCGCCACCAACAGCGCCAUCUUGCCCUACGACAAGGCGCUUGUGCGUGUCAUCUACGACGGUGGACGGACUUCAGUCGUAAACAUUGAAGGCUGCAAGACGGCCGAGGAGGUGAUGCUCAAGACGCUGACAAAAGGGCACCUCAAUACCGCACAUGUCAAGAACUACUGCUUCUACAUUCUCAACAGUGUCGAGCCGGACCCGUCACUGUCGGAGCGCUUGAGCGAUAUCGAGGUUUUCAGGUUGGUCAAGGAUGCAAACCGGCAUGAACGCGGCCGACUCAUUCUCCGCAAGGUUCAUGCUGGCGAGCCCGACGAUGACCAGCUCAAGGCUGCUGCCGGCAUCUACCAACAGCAAAACUACCAGCAACCCCAGGGCGUCUUCCUCCCGUCCAGCAACCGCAGCCAGAUCAAGGUGGAGAAGCUGACGGGCGAGUCUCUUGCUGCUGUUAGCUACCCCCUAUCGCCAACUUCGGCCAGAGAACGCGAACGUCACAUCAAUUCCACGGCCCAGAACCUCGAAGGACCUGCCGACCCGUCCCGGUCACCCAUCUACCAGGCACGUGCUCGCAAACUCAAGCAAUUUUACGGCGCCCGACCACCCAGCGAGCUGAUUACCUCCGAUCUGACAUCCUACUUCCCUGAUGUCGGCAAGGAAGAGAUUGACAAGACUGUCCGCAUGUCAAUACGUCGGUCGCAUCGGCUCAGUAGAGCGGCGUCGCGCCUGUCGAUGGCGUCCAACUUUAGUGUAGCGUCGAGCUUGAAAGACGCGCCUCCGCUGCCGUCCAUUGCCGAUAGCUGGCUCCAGGGUGGUGCCCAGGCCCGCCCCCUUCGACCCCUGUCCGUCAUGCGCCUUGGCCUUCCCAACCAGAACGGCUACCGUGACUCGCUGGCUUCCUCUGUCCUCGAGCCGCUCGACGAGGAGUCGCCGUUGGAGCCAAACCGCAAGUCGUACGUCUCGUUUGGCGGUGACAGCGUCGCAGACAGCCUAGCCAUUACCGACCCGGAUGGCAACACAACACUGCAGUCGUACUUUGACGAUGGCGGUAGCAGCCUCGCUGGUAGCAGCAGUAGCAACACUGAGAAUGGCGACUCGCUCAACAAACGCCUCUCGGAAGCCUUGGCCGAAGACGGCGAAGAGUCGGAUGACGAACUGGCAGAGUACCUGGAGCAAGACUCGUGGGACAAUGUCAAGUACAUGAAGGGUGCGCUCAUUGGACAGGGAUCCUUUGGCAGCGUGUACCUGGCUCUGCAUGCCGUUACGGGUGAGCUCAUGGCCGUCAAGCAGGUCGAGCUUCCAUCGGUAGCUGGCGCUUCUCAGAUGGACCACAAAAAGACCAACAUGGUCGAAGCCCUCAAGCACGAGAUUGGCCUUCUUCGCGAGCUCAAGCACAAGAACAUUGUCCAGUAUCUGGGCUCCAACUCGGACGAGAGCCAUCUCAACAUUUUCCUCGAGUACGUCCCGGGUGGUUCCGUAGCCACCAUGCUGGUCAACUACGGGCCUCUUGGCGAGUCGCUGAUUCAGAACUUUGUCCGCCAAAUUCUGACUGGUCUGUCGUACCUCCACUCGCGGGACAUUAUCCACCGAGACAUCAAGGGUGCGAAUAUUCUCGUCGACAACAAGGGUUCCGUCAAGAUUUCCGAUUUCGGCAUCUCAAAACGUAUCGAGGCCUCGACCUUGGGCGGCGGCAAGAAGGGAGCCCAGCGUGUCUCACUGCAAGGCUCCGUCUUUUGGAUGGCACCCGAGGUUGUUCGACAGACGGCCUACACCCGCAAAGCUGACAUCUGGUCGCUUGGUUGCUUGGUUGUGGAAAUGUUUACCGGAAGUCACCCGCACCCCAACUGCACACAGCUGCAAGCCAUUUUCAAAAUCGGCGGCAGUGGCGACGCUAGCCCCACGAUUCCUGAAAACGCCGGCGCGGAUGCUAGAACUUUCCUAGCCGAUACUUUCCUUAUUGACCACGAAAAGCGACCUAGUGCCGACGAUCUUCUUGCCAGCUCCUUUAUCACCAACCAGGUGGCAUAA